AUGCGCAGUGGGCCCGCGGCGCGACCCGUCAGGCACUGCGGUAGGCGCCCUGGAGGCUGGCAGGACCCUGACCCCAAGAUGGCGGCGCCCAGCGAAGUGGCUGCGGCUGCCUCCGGAGAAGGCGAUGGCGUGAGUACCGCCUUUGGGUCCUGGCUGGAUGGACGGUUGGAGGCGCUGGGAGUGGACCGAGCCGUUUACGGCGCCUACAUCCUGGGUGUCCUGCAGGAAGAGGAGGAAGAAGAGAGGCUGGACGCUCUGCAGGGUAUCCUUUCUGCUUUCUUGGAAGAAGAUUCGCUUCUUAACAUCUGCAAGGAGAUUGUGGAACGAUGGUCGGAAAGUCAGAAUGUCGUCACCAAAGUGAAAAAAGAAGGUAGAGUUGGGAGUUUUUGCCCGUCUAACCGCCAGUACCUAUUCCAGCAACCUUUCCUAUACAGCUGUUAGCAAGAGGAUUUUGAG